AUGCUGGCGAGCGACCGCUGCAGUGCCCACGGCCGCCCAGCUCAACUUCAGGCGUUGCAUGUCUGCACCCUCACCCGUGGGCCAGCUCCCCCCGAGACCCCGGAGGACUGGACAGAGCUCCAGCUCCGCAACGCUGAAUACGAGUCUCUGAUCUCCUUCUACUCGGAUUACGGUUCGACUCAAAACCGCGGAAACACCUUCCAACCGCAUCACCCUCUGCACCGACCCACCCCUCCCCAAGGCCUCACCGUCUCUCAUCUCCUGGCCGCGGGCGCACAGAUGGGUCAUUCUCAGUCCCUCAUGAACCCCAACUUCCUGCCCUAUGCGUACGGUGUACGCGCAGGCAUUACCGUUAUCGACCUCGACCACACUGUGCCUCUCCUCCGCCGCGCCGCGCAAGUCGUACGAGCAGUCGCGCUGAGGGGCGGCAUGGUCGUCUUUGUGGGCACGAGAGCAGACCUCCGCCCGGUUGUGCGCAAGGCUGCAGAGCGCAUCGGCGAGAGGGCGUACCACCUCAGCGAGAAAUGGCUAGCCGGUACACUGACGAACAGAGUGAACAUGUUCGGCCUACAGACGGUACAUGACGAACAAGUCAUCCCUGACCUCGUCAUCUUCCUCAAUCCAAUCCCGAACCUACACGCGAUACGGGAGUGCACGGUCCAUCAUGUCCCAACAAUUGCGCUUGUGGACUCGAACGUCGACCCGCGGAUAGUAACAUACCCUAUACCAGCGAACGACGAGAGCACGAGGACAGCGGAACUGGUGGCGGGUAUUCUGAGCAUUGCCGGGCGCGAGGGUGUCGCAGUGCGUCGCGAGGAGUUCGAGAGACAAGCAGCGCGUGCGGUGAAGUUACAGGUGAAGUUACAGAGAGUGCGCGAGGCUGCAUGGGAUCCACAUCGUAUCUAA